AUGACUGAUGAAAGCCAAAACCCAUUCGUCGUCAAAUUAUGGUGGAGUUUCCACAACAAGCAAAAUCUUUUCCUCGUCAUGGAUUUCCACCCAGGUGGAGAUUUGGGCACCCAGCUUGCUCGCUGGGGUCGACUGGGCCGCGAUCGGGCUCGCUUCUAUGCCGCGGAGAUUGUGGAAGGGGUGGAGGGUUUGCACGCCGCCGGUGUCGUGUAUCGCAACUUGAAACCAAAAAAUGUUCUCAUCGGUUUCGAUAGACACAUCGUCCUCACUGACUUCGGUCUGUCGAAGCAAUUCCCUUUGCCAUAUCCCAACCUAUCGGGAUCCUCGACAGCCAUGGAUAGAGCCGUCUUGCCCAGAUGGAUGGCGCCUGACCAAAGUCCAAACAGCGGGCGAAGUGAGGAUUUGUCGAACAAGGAUUUCACUGAUACCUUCUGCGGCACUCCAGAGUAUCUUGCUCCGGAGGUUAUCCAGGGUCUGCAAUAUAGUUACGAAGUUGACUGGUGGGCAUUUGGUACCAUGCUCUACGAAAUGCUUAGUGGUGUGACUCCAUUUUGGGCAGACAACCACCCAGAUAUGUAUGUUCGUGUCCUUCAGGACGAAUUGCAGUUCCCAGGAGAUAAGGCCUUUGAUCAAGAUACAAAGAGUCUUAUCCGCGGUCUUCUUCAACGGAGUCCGACAUUACGCAUUCGUGAGCCAAGAUUAAAGAGACAUCCCUACUUCUCCAUGAUUGAUUGGUCGCACGUAUAUUACAAACGCUAUAUCCCACCAUAUAUCCCCCCUAUUGACUCGUCCAACGCCAGUGACACCCAGAACUUCGAUGAUGCCUUCCUUGACAUGAGCCCCACUCUGAGUGACGGUCCAGAACCUGAUUUUGAGCGAGAGAGUUCUGAAGAUGGACCGCUGGAUUCGGAU